AUGGAGGUCGUCGACAUCAAGCUUAAGGAAUCAAAUGGAAAACAGCUGAAAUGUGCAGCAGAGCUCUCCUCAAUGAGCCAUCGUUUACAAGUAUUCUUUGGAUUGCAGGCGUACCGCAUGGUCGCAUACAGCGCUGUCAUCUUUUCCAUGGCUUCGGUAUUUUCGAUAUGCAUCACUUUGCCGAUGGUCUACCAAUUCGCUGAGAACGCAAAAGCCCGUCUCACAGAGGAAUCUGAUUAUUGUAGGCAAUCUGUUCGGGAAAUUUCUCGUGAAGUGAUUGACCUGAACAAAGUGACGAGGCUCAAUCGUACGACCCGUGCUGCCCAACUUUAUCGCAGACAAGCGUACGCGGAAGCCAGGACACUCUGGCCGGGAGGAAAUCCGGAGAAGCCGCGGACGUCCAGUAAACAAGUGAGUGCCUGGGACUUCCGGAAUCCAGGAAACUGCCCCACAGCGCCUUGUGCGAGCAAAUCACUCUUUCCUCCUGCAAAGCCAUGCCCAGAGAACACCUGGUCCUGCCAGUCAGCCAGGGACCUCCAGGCCAGACGGCAGCACCUGGUGAGGCCAGGAGCACAUGCGGCUGCAGGACAAGCUGGACCUCCAGGACCUCCAGGACCACCGGGACUUCCUGGAAGAGACGGCCAGCCAGGAAAUCCUGGUGCUCCUGGACCUGCAGCUGAGUCAUCCUAUAGUGUUGAAGCAGAACCUGGACCUCCGGGACCUCCAGGACCGCCUGGUCCUCCAGGCUCAGAUGGACAAGAUGGAAAACACCACGGACCAGGACCGGUAGGCCCACCAGGUCCAAAAGGAGCUCCAGGUGCUCCUGGCGCCGAUGGAAAUCCUGGACCUCCUGGACCACCAGGAAAAGCCGGAAGUGCUGCGAAAAAGGUAAUGCCCAGGUAUAUGCCCCAGGUAUUGCGCCUUGGACGGUGGAAUCUUCUUCGAGGACGGCACAAGAAGACGAUAAAUGUUUUGACGUGUACCAUUGACCGAUGCGAAUAA